AUGAGCAAGCUGAACAGUAAAUUGUUAUCACAAGCAGUGGAUGACAUUGUGUCUUUUACAGCCGGUAAGACUGUGGCCAUCAAUGGCAACGACCUGAGGCUGCCGACGGUCAAGUCGUCCCAACAGGAAGAUCUGUGCUUGAUAACGCCAUUCACUGUGAAAUGGCUGAAAAAGGAGUGCCACGAGUACAUGACAGUGGACGGACGAUCUAAAGAUUAUCAGCAAGAAGAAAAAGGUGAUCAAGAAGUUUUUCAAGAAGUACGACACUUUUCUGGCCUCCGACAUGCUGAUCAUGCAGAUCUCACGCUUGUUAGGUCCUGGCUUUACAGGGCUGACAAGUUCCCGACACUCUUGACGUCGAACGACUCGCUCACGGAGAAGGCGGAUCAAGUGCGCAGUACCGUCAAGUUCCAGAUCAACAAGGUGAUGUGUCUGGACGUCGCCAUUGAUCACGUGGCUCUUUAA